AUGGAUGACGCUUUUACAAAAAGCCCGAAAGAAAUCUUGGAUUUCUUUCAAGUUGACAGCGAUAAAGGGUUGACACAAAAGCAAGUCGAAGAAUCAGAAAAAAAGUAUGGUAAAAAUGAGUUACCUCAGGAAGAAUCAACACCUUUGUUAAAAUUAAUUCUAGAACAAUUUGAGGAUCAGCUUGUUCAAAUUCUCUUGAUUUCUGCGGGAGUUUCUUUUGUUCUCGCAUUGCUUGAAGAAUCGGAUGAACAAGGGACCGCAUUUGUAGAACCAAUAGUGAUCCUUUUGAUCCUUAUUGCAAAUGCUUUUGUAGGGGUUAUUCAAGAAAGUAACGCUGAAAAGGCCAUUGAGGCGUUAAAAGAGUAUUCACCAGAUGAGGCAAAGGUUUUACGUGAUGGCCAUCAUUCCAAAAUUCACGCUUCCGAACUUGUUCCCGGUGAUAUAAUUGAUAUCGCUGUAGGUGAUAAAGUUCCUGCUGAUUCCCGAUUAAUAAAAAUAUAUUCAUCGACUUUUCGAGUAGAUCAAGCGAUCCUUACCGGUGAGAGCGUUAGUGUUAACAAAGAUAUAGAAGCUAUUAAAGAUACACGAGCAGUAAAGCAAGAUCAGAUAAAUAUUUUAUUUUCGGGAACUACUGUCGUGUUAGGGAAAGGUCGCGCUAUAGUGGUAAAAACCGGUAGUAGUACCGCAAUAGGAGACAUUCAUAAAAGUAUUACAUCUCAAAUAUCCGACAAAACGCCUCUUAAACGUAAAUUGGAUGAGUUUGGCGAUCUAUUGGCGAAGGUUAUCUCAGUUAUUUGUGUUCUCGUGUGGCUCAUAAACAUUCGUCACUUCAAUGAUCCUUCACAUCACGGUUGGCUCAAGGGUGCUAUCUAUUACUUUAAAAUCGCUGUGGCACUCGCUGUUGCCGCUAUACCUGAAGGGUUGGCUGUGGUGAUCACAACAUGCUUGGCUCUAGGUACGAAAAAGAUGGCCAAUAAAAAUGCUAUUGUACGUUCUCUACCAUCCGUUGAGACAUUAGGUUGUACGAGCGUCAUUUGUUCAGAUAAAACUGGCACUCUCACAACGAACGGCAUGAGCGUUUCUAGGGUACUUGUGUUAUCUGAAGGGACAAAUCUUCAAGAAUAUCAUGUGGACGAUUCUAGUUACGCCCCACAUGGUAACAUAUAUACUGCCGACGGUAAAAUUAUCGAUUCCCUCCCUAUAACGAGUACGUGUGUCAAUGAGCUGGUUCAAGUGUGUGCUUUAUGUAAUGAUUCUCGUAUCGCAUAUGACGAAAAAUCUUCGACAUAUCAUAACGUCGGUGAACCAACUGAAGCAGCCCUAAAAGUUCUAGUGGAAAAACUUGGUACAAACGACGAAUCGAUGAAUACUUCUCUAGAUGCUUAUUCAUUGAAAGCUCGUGCUACGGCUUGUAAUGAUUUUUAUGAGAGUCAAAACCAUCGGUUGGCCACCUUAGAGUUCUCACGUGAUAGAAAGUCCAUGUCUGUGCUUGUUCAACCAAUUAACAAACCAUCAACCGCUACCUUGCUCGUCAAGGGAGCGCCAGAGUCAAUACUUGAUCGAUGUGUUUCCGUUAGAUUAUCUAAUUCAACUACCAUAAGUCUCACACCGGCAAUCCGUGAAAAGAUAGAGGGAAAAUUGUUGGAAUAUGGUAGAAAGGGUUUACGUAUCCUUGCUAUGGCCAAGGUAGAAGGUUGCGACUCACAAAUGAAUGGUUGGGAUCUCACCGAACCUAAAAAUUUCAGUAAUAUCGAGAAGGAUAUGACUUUCCUUGGUGUCGUUGGCAUGCUUGAUCCACCUCGUCCAGAAGUUAAGAAUAGUAUCCGUAAGUGCAAAACGGCCGGAAUUCGUGUUAUUGUCAUCACAGGUGAUAAUCAAAGCACUGCAGAGGCUAUUUGCAGGAAAAUUGGAAUCUUUGGGGAACAUGAAGACGUAACGGGAAAAUCCAUAACUGGUAGAGAAUUCGAUGAUUUAUCGCAAAGUGAGAAACUUGAGAUUGUCAAACGCGCAAAUUUGUUCUCCAGAACAGAACCAACCCACAAAAGUGAACUUGUGGAGUUACUAAAGAGCCAAGGUGAAGUUGUUGCAAUGACUGGAGAUGGCGUGAAUGAUGCUCCAGCUCUCAAAAAAGCCGAUAUUGGUAUAGCAAUGGGGUCUGGUACCGAUGUCGCCAAAUUGGCUGCUGAUAUGGUUCUUGCUGACGAUAAUUUCGCGAGUAUUGAGGGGGCCGUUGAAGAGGGUCGAUCGAUAUAUAAUAAUACAAAACAGUUCAUUCGUUAUCUAAUUAGUUCAAAUAUUGGUGAAGUAGUUAGUAUUUUUCUUACGGUAUUACUCGGUAUGCCAGAAGCGCUUAUUCCUGUUCAAUUACUUUGGGUGAAUCUUGUAACCGAUGGUCUCCCAGCAACUGCUCUUGGGUUCAAUCCUCCUGACCAUGAUAUCAUGCGCCAACCCCCACGAAGUGGUCGUGAACCAAUUGUUGGCAAAUGGUUAUUUUUCCGAUAUAUGAUUAUAGGCAUCUAUGUUGGUGCUGCAACCGUAUUUGCAUAUGCUUGGUGGUUCUUAUUUUAUGAUCAAGGACCGCAAAUUUCUUUCUAUCAAUUGUCACACUUUCAUCAAUGCAACGAAUUAUUCCCCGAAAUUGGUUGUGAAAUGUUUAUCAACGAAAUGGCAAAACGUGCCACCACAAUGUCACUUUCGGUAUUGGUUACCAUAGAAAUGUUCAAUGCCACAAAUUCUCUUAGUGAAAACGAGAGUUUGUUCACUUUGCCCGUAUGGUCUAAUAUAUACCUUGUGUUAUCUAUUAUACUUUCAAUGAUGUUACAUUUCAUGAUACUCUAUGUUCCAUUCUUUUCGAACCUAUUUGCCAUCCUUCCUCUCAAUUGGUUAGAAUGGCAAGCUGUAUUAUGGAUAUCUUUUCCCGUAAUCAUAAUCGAUGAAUUUAUGAAAUUUGUGAGCAGAGUAUUUGUUGCUCCACCAACAAAAAUUAAAUCUGAGUAG